UCGGUAACUAAUUAUUGGUUGAGAGUCGAAUAGACAGUGUUUGACGGGCUGUCUGUCGUCGCUGGUUACAAUAUAAAACAAUACAAUAAAUCAUUACAUUGUUGGGAGAAUAUUUGCUAUGAUUGUUUAUGAGACCUUAAUUAUAUAAAACAGAACCAUCAAAAUGUUAAACCAGCAAUAUAAUAUUUUACAUCAUACAGAUUCGUUUAUCGAGCCACUUUUAAAACGUACCUUAGAAGCUAAUAAACUUGGAGUAUGCUGUGGAACAAUUCAAAUUGAAUCUGUAUCAUCUAGUUGUGACAAAGUAAAAGGAGAUCGUUUUAAGUUAUCUAUUCCAUACGCUAGACAAACUCUAACAUGGAAUGUAUUUUUUGAUUCGCAAUGCCCUGAAAUGGGCCCUGACUUUAUAUUUAAUGAUGACACUUUUUUAAUGGAUGUUAACAUUGAUACGUUAUCCACUGCAGUACCUAGUCUCGCAAAAUGGAAUAUCCAUGAUAAGGAUGCAUUGUUGAAUGUUCUUAUGGAACUUUUAUCUUGUUAUAAACAACAUCAGAUACAAUUACUUCAAAAACAAGAUAGAUUAAAAUUAGAAUAUAGUAUGUUAAUGGGUUCAUCAGAAAUAGCACCAGAGGAUGUUGAAGUGAUGUUAUUACCAUUUGGUUCCAAACCAACAGAGGCUAAAUUCCUAAUAAGUUUAUCAAUUGAUGUCUCACAGUUGCAAAAUUCAUCUUUUGAACUAGAGAAUGAUAUAGUAAUGCUUCUUGUAACAUUCUGUGGACCCAAUUGGAAUCGGAUUAUACCACAGCUUUAUUUCUCUAAGUCUUUGGAACAAAUUCUUGGUGGAACAUCUGCUUUGCACUUGCCACAUUAUCCAGCUGACAAGUGCCUGACAGAUUAUAUAUUAGAAAUAAAAAUGUAUAUAGCAGAGAAGAUAAAGCCACUAGUCCAGAGUUUAGAGAAAAGAAGACUCUUUGUUACAACUGUACUUGCAUUACAACCUGGUUCUUUGAUUGAAUUUGAUGCCACUGAUUACCGUUAUAUUACACUAUUAUUAGAAAGACAAGAUUUUUCUUAUAUGUUACAUUUUAGACUUUCAUCUGCUUUUCCUACAGAAAAACCUACAGUUGUGAUGCAAUCAAUAUACCAUAUGACAAGAUUACGUUUUCCAUACGAAGAAAAAGUAGAGAAUUUCGACUAUUCUAAUCAGUGGGCUCCAGCAGAAAUGAUCGAAGAAAUUCUGCUAUCUGUUAAUAGAAUGGUUGAGAAAUUUAAAGAUAAUUCUAUUGAAAUAUGUUCAUAGCAGUUCUUGUUUAAACGCUAGUUUAUUUGUUAAGAAAUUAUAAUUUAUUACAAUUUACAAUAAGAAUCUUCAGAAUUUCACCUACAACCUGUUAUGCAGUUUUGUUAAUUAUUUAACUACAUAUUACUGUAAGAAUGAACUAAUAAUAUCAAAUUUUUUUAUAUAAUUCUAAAAAGUGUGAUAUGUAUAUAAAUAACAUGUAUGUAUAUUAUUUUUGUAAUAAUGAUUACAAGUUAUAAUUUUUUAAAUAAAGAUUUAUUUGAAAUUGUU